ACACGUUGAGAACUCUGUUUCACGCAAGCGCAGUUGCGUGAAACAGGAAUAUAUAUGAAAUAGGAAUACAUAUAUAUAUAGUAGAAUAAGCCAAAUGUGGAUAUUUUGUGUUCAGAGGAGAUGUUUUCACUGCUCGCUGAGUGUCAUGAAGAAGCUGAAGGGGAAAACUGCAACAGAGCAGCGCUGGGUGCUGCGGCAGCUGAAAGAUCCGUAUGUCAAAGCUUCACACGCUCAAAACUUUCGGUGCAGAAGCGCCUUCAAACUCUUGGAAAUAGACGACAAGUUCGGGCUUCUACAGCCCGGAUACAGCGUAGUGGACUGCGGUGCUGCACCUGGAGCAUGGAGCCAAGUGGCCGUGCAAAGGAUCAACUCUGCUGGGACAGAUCAAGGCUCGCCACGUGGAACAGUUAUCGGCAUCGACCUGCUCAACAUACCACCUCUGGACGGGGCCCACUUCCUCUCCAAUCACGAUGUCACCGACCCCGCCACACAUGGCAAGCUACAGGAGCUGCUCCCCCAGGGCCAAGCUCAUGUCAUCCUGAGCGACAUGGCGCCCAACGCCAGCGGCUUCAGAGACAUGGACCACGAGAAACUGAUCACCAUGUGUUUGUCUCUGAUAGACUUGGCUGAGAAGAUUCUGCUGCCUCGAGGCUCUCUGCUCUGCAAAUACUGGGACGGGGUUUUUUCUCAUCACCUCCAGGAGAAACUCUCAUCUGUGUUCAGCAGUGUUCGGACCAUAAAGCCAGACGCCAGCAGAAAGGAUUCAGCUGAGAGAUAUUUCCUUGCUAGAAUGUACAGGAAGCCCUCGAAGUGAUAUUGGUUGUCUUUUAUUUAACUCAUGACUGGGACAUUCACUGAAGUGCUUCUCUGUGUCUCUGAUCAUUGAGCUGUUUGAACAUGAAGAGGCUUACUUAGUGGCUGUUAUCAAAAGAUGGCAGUGUUGAGACAUCAGUGAGGCUUGCUGCUCCGGGCACAAAUGCAAGCAUAUUAAAGACCGUAAUGUUCUUCCGUUCCCUGCAAACCUAACGCAGUAGCAGCACUUAAUCAGUAAAAUGAAAACCUAUGCAAGAAUCAGUGAGAUUACUCAAGAGCAUUUUUCUUAUUAUUGCCCCCAGUAGCUGUUCCAGAGUCUCUUUUUGCUGUUUGCUUUGAUGCAGAAAGUCAUUUAGCUCGGAUGCACAUUGUAAGGUUCUGCACUUCCAGCCACGUUCAGCUGUUCCGUUACACAGAGCACAUGAAGGGAAAAACUAAUUUCUAAGUGUCAUGUACAAUGUGACUAAUGGAAAGUGGAAUGACAGUAAAGAUGGCUUGCAUAUGUGUAUGGUACACAUUUGCUGACUGACAGGGGAAACAUCCAGAUCCAAGUUGUUGGAUUUUAAUUCAGCCUUAAAUUUUUACCUCGGUGACUGCCAAAACACUUCAGACAAUAGUCCCAAAUUUCAUUUUCUUUUCCUCCCCACAUAAAUGAUUAAUGAACAGAAGAUGUGAUAAAAUAGUUACAGGCUUGUUUAUGCAACUAAAGUUCAACACCUGGAUAAUAGUUUUUGCUGUGAUAUGCCUAUAUUUUUCAUUGUUUCUUUUAUUUAUUUGGCAAUAAUAGUUUUCCACAUUUUAUUUAUGUGAAUAAUUUAUUUACCAUUUAAUAAAUGCCUAUCCUAGUUGCAUAAAGAAAAGGCAACUUCAAGAACAAUUAAAAAUCUUUCUACAUUUGCGUCUCAGUAAAUUCGAAUAUCAUUGAAACAUAAAUUAAUUUUAGUUCAAUUCAAAAACCUAUUCUAAUUGAUUACAUAUGUAUUUUUGUCUCAGGUAUAAUAGGUUGAGUUAAUGACAGACACAUUCAGGUUUAUUGUAUUUAUUUUAACAAACAGGAAAUCAAGUCAGUAGUUACCUUCAAUCCAGCAGCUUCUGCCCCACAGUCAGACAGCAACAGAAAAAGGGGCUUGGGAUAGUGGUAUUUAACACAAAUUAAUAUUAUUGAUCCACAUAACUAAUCUCAUCUUUAACAUACAUAAACUCACACAUGUAACAUUCAAACACUAUCAAACAAUUGAUAAAUGAAACAUCACAUCUGAUCAAAAACGUAAACAUAUCUAACAAACAGGAAAUCGAGUUGGUGGUUAACGUCAAUCCAGCAGCUUCUGCUCAUAUACAUAGAAUAAAUAACCCCAAAUGAGCUACUAAGCAAUACCUCCCAUUGAGCAGUUAUCAACAGUUAAUAUUUGUAAAAUUAACAUAAAUAAAAUGGAUAACAUCAAUAAUGAUAACAGUUAAAAACAUGUACAAAGCAAAGUUACUCGUGAAACACUGUAUUUUAUCAGAUUUGUCUAAAAUAUAUGUUAAAAUAUAACACUUGUAAAGAAAACAUAGAGCUGAUUGUAAUACAUACCACAGUCACAGACAGCAGCAGAAAAAGGGGACGAGCUGUCAGUUACCGGUUACUAUGUAACCACCAACUGUCAAGCACUGUCAGUUACCUGUUACUAUGUAACCACCAACUGUCAAGCACAGCGUAGCAGAACUUAAAACACCAAUACAUUUUUGGAGAAACAAUUUUCUGACCACACAAAACAACUCAAAGAAUAAAGAAACAAAUUUAGGCAAACUUCACAUUCACAACACUUCCAAAAUAAAACCCUGUUACACAUACAUGAGUGAUGAAUGUCAAACUUUAAUUUUUAUUUUUCUUAAGAUUACGACUAGGAAAGCCCAGCAUUCAGUUUCAGAAACUUUGAACAUUGGAAAUAUUUCAUAAACACUGUGGAUACCCACAGCCUUAGGGUAUUCCUAAGGCUGUUAGGAUGCAAAGCUGUUUGCAGAGUUUAGGGCAGUUUUACAAAGCAUGGACUGAGCUUGAAGAACCAUGGCUCACAAAUCACAAUAUUAUUCAAAACAUUUUGCCACAACUGAGGUAUUCCUUAUGUCAAGACACUCCUAAAUGCCAAAAGUGCCUUUCAUUCUGGGCAAAGGAAAGAAAGAGACUGGACUGUAGCUUAUUUGUUAAGACUCUUUUCCCAUGAAAGUAAAUUUUGCAGUUCAUGUAGAAAUCUCAAAGUUUGGAGGGAGAGUUUUGGGGCACUGAACUGAAGUUCCUUAAAGUCUUGUGUGACUGCUGCACAGUCCAAAGUUUGAGCAGUUGUCCACCAGGAAAUUUUAAAUGCUUCUGCUGACAAGCUUUAUGGAAAUGCUGUUUUUAUUUCUAGAAGGACUUGGCACCUGCCCACACUGCCAAAGGUGCCAUUACAUGCUUUAAUGAGCAUGGAUGGCAGUGCUUGAUUGACUAAUACCCUCUCCAGAGAAUCUAUGGAGUUUUGUCAAGAGGAAGAUAAGAGAUACCUGAGCCAACAAUGCAGUUGAGAUAAAGGUUGCUAUUAAAGCAAUCUGGGCUUCUUUAACACAUCAGCCGAGCUGCAGGCAUAUCUACUCCAUGCCAUGCUGCAUUGGUGCAGUAAUUCAUGCAAAGGAACCACGAACAGCUAUUAGGCUUUCGUUGUUACAUAACAAACCAUGAACCCAUCUGGCUGUGGUCUGUGUUGUGGUCCUCAUACAGGCUGUCCAAAUACACUUAGUAUUGUAAUACAAAAAAUGUUGUGAAUCCUCAAAUUGUUAUUAUCAGCAUCAGAUUUUGCUGACCAACAUAUUUCUCAGAUUAAGAUCAUCUGGUGCCUCUAAGCAUCCAUGUCGAUGCCGUGUUUGGAACAUUACAACUCAUAGUUGUUACUGGUUUGUUUCUACCUCAGAGGAGGAUCAAAGGUAAAAUGUUGCUUUUGAAAAAUAAUUUUGCAGUGAAAAAUCUAUUUAUUAGGAGCUAAAAGAUGAUUAAAAAAAACCCUUCUAAAUGGCUUUGUUAAGCACUCCAGUAGUUUGUUUCAUUUUCUAAAUGAAUUCUUGUCUCUUGGUUUAAUUGGCACAUUUUCAUUCCUCAGAAAAACAGACUGGUUCAAAUUAGUCAUAAAUGAUCAUUUUAAGUGAAAUCAGAUUACCCCUAAAUAGAUUUUUAACUCUGAUAAUUCAGCAAAAUGAAAAAGAAAAGCCCAAUCAAGAUCACAUUUGCAUUUAUGCCGCAAAAGAAGACCAGAAUAGGCUGCUAUUUGGCCUUUGUGUCUCCGGAGUGAUGAGCAAUACAGUACUGACUGAAACAUUCAUGCCUCUCGGCAAAAUUAACUGCACAGAAGGGGAACUGACCUCUAAAGAUGAUUGUUUGGAAUGAAAGGGAGCAGUCAUGCCUGUUGAUGAAGCUGAUAUAGUGAAAGAUGUGAACAGAUGACCAAUUUUAUUUCUCAUUACUUGUUGAUUAUUCUGCCCUGCGUUAUUCAGUUUCAAAUUAUUUCAGAAUUACUGUGGGAUCUGUGUAAAUUCCAUCGGAGCUGAGCGACUCGCUCUCGCGACGAAUGAUUAUUCGCUCACAGGUUAAUUCAUUCUUUUCUGGCCAGAUGGAGGUACAGAUGUAAGAAUUAGCAAAUGAACAGAGGAAAUCGGGUGUAGAAAAACAUAUGGUAAAUGUAAAUGUUAAACCUAGAGGUUUGAAUAAUUUUUAUGUUGUUAGAGAACUUUUUGAAUUGCUCUGGUCUUUUGCGUCUUAAAUUCUAACUCAUGCAGGUGCAUAUUUGAAUGAAAACAUUAAAUAUCAAAAAGACAUUUUAAGUUUUGGUGGAAUUAUUUGUUACAAGAGAACCAUAGUAUCAUGAGGACAGAAUUUCCUUGUAUAACACAGUCUGUGAUGGAAGAAUUUUCUUCUCUUUUCAUACAAGUUAAAUAACAAAGUUUUCAAAAGGCUGAAUUCUUAAAAGAGUAAUUCGCCCCUUCUAGAUCGCUUCCGUGCCAAAGCUGAACAUGUGAGUUUUACUUUUUGAAAGCCGCUGAAUGUUUUGAAAUCUGAGCUGAUUUCAUUCACCAACUUCAAGCUUUUAUUAAAAUCUGCCUGCCGGACAGGAGCCUGAGAGGGUUCAUUGUGCAAAGAUGGAAGCUGCAUUCAAUAAAACACGGAGUGCAUUUGGCCAAAAAAAGAAUGUUUCCUUUUAGAAUCGUUGCUCCAUCUCAAACAACACAAAACAUGCAUUAUCUCAAGCAAUUGACAGGAAAUUAAAGAAAUGGUAUUAUCAUUUUCCACCAUUGUGUCAUCCAUUCCCUUUGGCUGACCUGAAUUGCCAGAAUGCAUUUCUUGUCUGGCAACAUUAAUCAUUUCUCUCAGGCUCUGAAUGUUUGAAGACAGAGCCAAGCAAACAUUUGUAGACAAAAACUUUGGACUGCUAUUAUGACGGUAGUGAAAAAGAAUGUUUGACUUUUGUUCAGUAAAAAAGGUUCCUAGAAAACUAAAAGACUCCUGUUUGUUGCUGCCACAGUACUUCAGUGAAUCCUCCAUGGUGUAAUAGAAAAAAAUUACAUUUUUGGC